AUGGUUCAGAACGGAGGAGACUUCGACCUCGACAUCGACAUGGCUACCGACGUCACGGCCGAACAGCUGCUCACUCAGCUUGCGCUCGAGACCGCCAAGGCGAGCCGCAUCAAGAUCGAACCACCUAGUAAAUACGGAGGAACCAAGGAGGAUCUCGUAGGAUUCCUGAUAAACCUCCGAUCCUACUUCUGGCUUAAUAACGACAAGUUUCUAGACGACAAAGCCAAAGUCCUCUACGCAGCCAUAAGACUAGAGGGCAAGGUACUCAGAUGGUUCGAGCCUACGUGGAACGACUAUCUCACUGAGGAAGACGAAGACGACCGAGACGCGUUCACAUAG